AUGGCGCCGCCUUCAAUAAAGAAGAGAAAGGUAGAUGAGGGGAUGAGGGGGAAGACAUCACGGCCGAAGAAGAAGUUCAGAAAGCAGGAAUACUACAAUAGCAGUUCUUCAGAGGACGAAGAGGAUGGAGGUGUUCCAACCGAUUUUGCAGCAGUGAACCUCAACGAUUCGGACAGCGACGCUGAAAAGUCGAUACAUAGCGAUAUUUCUUUGGAAAACGACGAGCCGGACCUACAAUCAGAAGAGCAAGAGGAAUUGGCUGCGACGGGGGAGUCAGACGGCGACGACGAUGACGACGGAGACUCGGACGCAUCUUCAGUUACUUCUUCGCAUGCUGGCUCAACUAGCACAACAAGCCGGAAACAUGUCUCUAAACGAAAUGAUCCGACUGCCUUUUCCACCUCCAUAUCGAAGAUUCUAUCUACAAAGCUUCCUACAUCCGCUCGGGCAGACCCAUUGCUCUCACGAAGUAAAGCCGCAGCUCAGACAAGUGCCGAUAUAGCAAACGAGAGGCUAGAGCAUCGCGCGCGGGCGAAACUACGGGCAGAGAAGAAGGAAGAGUUAGACCGUGGCCGUGUGAGGGACGUGCUUGGUGUUGAUAGAGGUGAAGCUGGAGAGACUGCGGAAUUGGAGAAGAGGCUGCGGAAAGUAGCCCAGAGGGGUGUUGUCAAGCUGUUCAAUGCUGUUAGAGCAGCACAGGUACGAGGCGAAGAAAUUGCCAGGGAAGAAAGAAAGAAACGCCUGACGGUUGGAAUGGAUGAGCGGGAGAAGGCCGUCAACGAAGUCAGCAAGCAAGGCUUUUUGGACCUGAUAAACGGCCUUGGUUCGAAGCCUAUUGAGGAAGCUUGA